AUGUCGGAUCCAGAUGUGUUGGCCUUCCAAUGUGCGAACAACUGCUUGAAAAACUAUCGCGUUGUCGGCGUUCUUCCUAGUCUGAACGCUCCUAAAUGGGUGCUAACCGUCGAAGAAAAAUCAUCUGGUAAGAUAUUCGUUAUGAAACUACUGGAAAAAGGGGUUCGUACAUCAAAAAGUCGUGUGCUUCUUCCCACGAAUGUACCACAUAUGGUGCAGCUCCAUCAGUUCUUUGAAACGGAAACGUACAUCAUUCUGGUUCUUGACUAUGUCGAAGGUGGCAGGUUAUGGGAUUUUCUGAUCCGUUACUUCAGCGAGUCAGAAAGGCGGUUUCUGUUCAAUUUAGCGGAAAGUGGUGUAGAUAUGGGCUAUGAUGUUGGUGAGGCGAGAACGGAUUCAAUGGAUUGCUAUAGAGGUUGGAAAUCUUUGCCAUACAUAAUUGGUGUUGUUGAGUUUUGGCAGUUUUUAGGUCGUUGGCUCCACUUUUCUGUGGGGGUUGAUUUUGAGAGAGUGGCUGAGAUGCGUGAUGAAACACAUAGUAAUGACGUUCCUUCUGUAUCUGGAGUCUGUACUAUGGGUGAAGAUGCGAUGGGAACAUCUAGAGCUCCAGACGGCGACUUCUGCGUUGUUGAAAAUGCUGGAGUUGAGAAUCUGUCAAUACAUGACGAAGAGUCACCUGCUACAGUACAGUUACCCCGUCGGUAUGGCGACCAUAAAUAUGACGAAGCUGCGAAUCAGACAUUGCUAAACUGCAUAUCUAAUGUGCGUUUAUACCUUCGGCGAGAGCGGCGACGAACAUGGCCAGGAAACCAACCACUUCCAGAGCCAUUAAUUGUGCAUUGGACAGCUCAGAUAGUCAGCUGGUUGUAUGUGAUGCACAAUGAACAUGGAGAAGUAAUAUGUGAUCUACGUCCUGACAAUCUGUUGGUUGACACGGAUGGUAAUCUCCAGAUAACCUACUAUGGCAAAUGGCAUAAUAAUGGUAGACCGAAGGAGAUUGUGCAGGGAUACAGUGCUCCAGGUGAAGUGACUCUUCGAGUUCCUGAUCAAAUGUAA